CAUGACCAUAUCGCGAAAUAGUUACGGUAUCACAUCACAGCACUCAGCACUCUCACUCUCAGCAGUGUGGUGCUGCAUUUGGUUGGAUUACGUGCGCGUUUGUUUUUUUUAUGAACUUAUAUUUGGUUGAAGAUUUAAACGGAUAGGUAAAAAACGUAAUAAAGUGUGAGAGAAAGAAAAAAACACAGGGAAGAUUGUUUAGCCGUUGUCAAAGUCAGAGCACGUGUUUGAUGCCGAUGGCAAACGGAGCUGCCGGCGUAGUCGGUAGUCCAGUGUCGAAAUGGCAACUUGCCCUUGCAGUCGGUGCACCGGUUGCCCUCGGUCUGGGUUACAUGUAUUACAGAAAUGCAUCUACAAAAUCAGAUCGUGAAACUUCCAAGGACACUGGCAAAUCCAAUGGUAUUGGCACCGAAAAACAGAUCUCAAUCGACGGUGGAUUUACCGGGGCAGCUCCACCGUCGGUUGAUGAGACACCUACGGAACGAGCCCAACGUUACAAAAAUUUAGGAAAUAUUGUUUUCAAAGCUGGGAAAUAUGAUGAGGCAAUAGCUCACUAUAACAUGGCUAUCGAAGCUUGUCCGAAGGACAAUAAAUCAGACCUUGCUACUUUUUAUCAAAACCGUGCUGCAGCUUAUGAGCAACUGAAAAAAUAUACUGCAGUUAAGGAAGAUUGUACUAGAGCAUUAGAAUUGAAACCCAAAUAUGUUAAAGCUUUACUUCGAAGAGCUCGAGCGAUGGAGCGAAUGAAUAAAUUGGAAUUGGUUCUCGAAGAUGUGACAGCUGCAUGCCUUUUGGAACAGUUUCAAAACCAAUCUACUCUUCAAAUGGCAGACCGAGUUCUCAAGAAACUUGGAAAGCAGCAUGCGCAAGAGCAUAUGGAAAACAAAGUGCCCGUAAUGCCAGGCAAACAUUUUGUAAAAACGUAUUUUGGUUCCUUCAAAAGAGAUCCUCUAAUUUCGGAGAAGACUGAAUCAACGAUACUCGAUGAGAUUGCGACGAAAGCAUUGAAAAAAGCUAGACAAGCCCUGAAAGAGCAAAGAUACGAUGAUAUUAUUCCAAUAUGCACAGAGGAGAUUGAACGUGUAGGGAACAAAGAUUUGUCAAUUGAGAUGCAGCUGAGACUUUUGCGUGCUACUUUUUACACACUUCUCGGUCAACACGAGCUCGCAAUGGCGGAUCUUGGUGUUGUCAUUGACAGCGUGGACUCAAGCAAUGCGGUCAAAGUAAAUGCGCUUAUCAACCGUGCGAGUCUCUUUAUGCAAUUAGAAAAACAUGACGAGUGCUUUGAUGAUUAUAAAAAAGCCAUUGAAAUUGAUGCUGAUUGCAGCGAUAUUUAUCAUCAUAGAGGACAGAUGAAUCUUCUGCUGGACCGAAUAGAAGAAGCCAAGGAAGACUCGUCGAAGGCCUUGAGUCUGAAUCCCGAUUUCGGUGUCGGAUACGCGCAAAUGUGUUACGUAAACUAUCGUUAUGCGAUGACAAAACGAUCUGUCGAAUUGCAAAGCGAGGCUAUGAGAAACUUUGAAAAGAGUUUUGAAAAAUUUCCAAACACCAGCGAGUGUCACACGCUUUAUGCCCAAGUGUUAGCAGAUUCUCAAAAAUUCGAUGAGGCUGACGAACAUUUCGCUACAGCGUCCAUGAUGGAUCCUGAAAAUUCGACCAUCCUUGUUCAUCGAGGACUUUUACAACUCCAGUGGAAAGGUGAUGUAACCAAAGGUAUCGAUUUCAUCCAGAAAGCAUUGGAAAUUGAUGAAAAAAGUGCAUUCGGCUACGAGACACUCGCCACCAUUGAGGUUCAAAGGGGAAAUUUAAAAGAGGCCAUAGAACUUUUCGACAAAGCAUUGGCACUUGGUCGUUCGGCAAUGGAAUUGACACACAUAUUUAGCCUUCAGGAUGCCGCGAAGGCUCAGUUGAAAGUGAUGGAAAGGUUGGGAGCUGAAUUGACAUGGAUGCCCCAAGGAAUGGCGUAAAGGCAAAAAGAAGCUUUGGGAUUCCGAUUGAAUUUACAGAGAUAAAUUAAAGAUGUACCGAAUAAAACGAGGAUGAAAUGGAAACUCAA